GCGCAGAAGACGGCAGACACGUGUGGAGCGCAGCACACGUGGUCGUUAGUGUUUUGGUCAGAGAGCGCAUCGAAUGAAUGCAUAUAAAAACAAUCUUGUGUUGAAUAUGUUACCGGUUAUGGACAUCAACGAUAAAGCUGAUGAUGAUCGGAGAGGAGUCAAGCGAAAGGUGGCUUUGUCCAGCUGUGACGUUUGUGAGAAUAAAGAGGCCAAAUACAGAUGUCCGAGCUGCAUGAAACACACCUGCAGUUUGGCCUGCGUCAAGCAGCACAAGACGCUGUCGGGAUGCUGUGGUGUUCGGGACAAGACUGCGUUCGUGCCUCUCACUGAAUUCGAUGAGAUCCACCUGCUGAACGAUUACAGGUUUCUGGAGGACACGGCUCGUCUGUCACAGCAGUCCAACAGAGACAAUGUCCUGCUCCGCAGCCAUCGAUACCCGAAAGAGGGCAUGUGGAUGAUCAGAAGAGCCAGAGAAGUCAAAGUCACCCUGAAGCUUCUGCCCAAAGUCUUCAGCAAACACCGGGAGAACAGCACCAUCUUCAGAAAAGCGGAAAGACGAUUCUACUGGCACCUGAAGAUCCAUUUCCCUCAGAGCGACACGGUUUAUUCAGAGAGGUGUCCUGAUAACCAGCAACUCGACCAGAUUCUCAACAACUACAUUCAUCCUUCAGAAUCAGAUCCAGUCAAAAGGCAAAAGCUAAAGAUCUACGUCCACAGUCCUCCAGAGGACAUCAGAGUCUUUCUGAAGUCAGAGCAAACACAGCCCAACUCUCUCAGGUAUCUGGAGCUGGAUCUGAAGAAGAGUCUGCAGGAAAACCUGAUGCAGAAGACCAUCGUGGAAUACCCAGAAGUCUUUGUGGUUCUGAAGGAGCACAGUCAGGAGUACCUCACUCGCAGAGCAGAGCGUCCCAGUGCUGCGUCGGCGAGCAUCAGCAGGGCCUCAUGUUUCCCGGCUGAACCACGCUCAGAUGCUCUUGUGCAUGUGGCCAAGAAGCCCAAAGUCUCCGAGGACGAGGAGCUGGAGGAAGGAGAGAUCCGAAGUGAUGAAGAGGAUGAAGCUGUCACUGACAAAAAGAGAGCUGCCAUGCAUGAUGAUGAGGAUGAUGCCAGUGAUGAAGAAGGAAACCAGAAUCUAGAAGCUAAGAUGAAGGACUGUCCUCCUCAACACAGUGUUCAGGACACUCAAAGAGACAAAGAGAGAACUGAAGAAACGAUGAAGGUUUCUCAAGCUCCUGGAGAAGAUGACCGCACUCAGACUUUCACUGAUGAGGGUAGAAGUCAGUGUGAAGACGAGACGCUUGAUGAAGGCCAGGAAAACAUCGACUCCAGCGCUGGACUUCCAGAAGAUGAUGGUGUUCAAGAGAAAAAUGGUGACAAUUAUGACAAAGAAGGACAGACUGACUCCUGCAUGGCCAGAGGUCAGAGUUCAAGCCAGGGAAACAUGCACGGAGAAAACACUGCUGUUUAUUCCAGUGCAAGUGAAAAUCAGGCUAAUGUGUGA